CCGCUCGACAUUGUCCGACACAGCGACCGAAGGGGGCCAGCAGCAGAGGGGGAAAGAUGUUGCUACGCGGCUGAAGCGGGGGUGUCUUUCGAGUCGGGAGGAAGGGCGUGCAGCCAACUAUGAUACAAAGAUGCUCCUGCUCUGGCGCAGGGAGCUGUAUCGCGCCCUCGUUGACGACACGCGGUCCUCUCCUCCAGCGCAUCUGGCAUGCCCUGCCUCCGCGGCAGCUCCCUCGAACACAACAGCGCCGAGACACCGUCGGUGGGGGAGUGUACAGACAUUACAGCAGUGGGCAGUACUUCUUUCCCCAAAGGCCAGACUUCUUGCCUUCGGUCAAGAAGGCGCCUGCGAAAGCGAGCACGACCGAGCCCAUCGAUGCAGGAUCCGCGCUUGACAUUACCACGGUCAGCACAGAGGCCCAGACGCCGCCAUCGGAAAGGAAAGUAAGACAGCGCUAUCUCACUACGGACAGGGUCCAGCUGCCUCCCCUGGCAGAUGUGGACGAGGCAUUCGUUGCGGCGCACCAGGCUCUUGUCCAUGGCGAUGUCGAGGCGGCCUGGCGCGCGUUUGAGUCGACCCCAGCAACAGGAGUCGACCUGCAUCCCUCGCUAUUUGAUGCAGUCUUUUGGUCGCUUCUCGGACACGACGUUGGCAAGGGUCAGCUGGACCAGCAUCGCGAGCUCGCUCGAAGGGGCUCGGUACUGUUUUCGAGGGCGAAGGAGAAGAACAUCGUACCGACUAAGCUUCAGCGACAUCGCUUCGUUUAUGUGCAUGCCACCCUGUGCGAGCAGCUUCUACGCCGAGGAACGGGCAACACCAGGGUCAUGGAAGACUCAGCAGAAGGAGGACGGGGGAAGUUUGUAGAAGAGCGGGAGAAUGUCAUCGCAAGGGACAAAACGAUCGUUUUCGAACUGGCAGAUACGCUCGAAGGCGCUCUGCUGAGCAGGGUCAUGGGAAUGUUGAGCAUCGACGGCCGACUGGAGGAGGCACUAGAGGUCAUGCAGAGAUGGUCGGCCACUCGGAAAAAGCAGGGGUCACGUUCAGUAGAGCGAGAGGAGAGAUGGAUGGGCAGAUCGACAGCUCCGAUUUGGACACACGACGAAGAGGCUGAUGAGGUGGACCAGUACGCAUGGUCUGCCAUGCUCGGUGCUGCUGUGAAAAGACUCAAGCAGCAGAGGAGAGCUAUGGCUCAGAAGUCUACUCCACAGGCUGAAGAGAAAGUCGCGAAAACGACGUCGAUGGCGAUGACAGCGGUGCAGGCUGGCGGAGUCGCCAUGGCAAACAUGACGAGCGACAGCGAUCCCGCCACGGUUCAAGACUUUCUCGAUCUUCUUGACGCCGAUCAAUUGACAAAUAUGCUCCCUGACUCCUUGAGAGCGGGACCUGCUCAGCUCCGGCAACAUUCAUCUCCAAGUAGCGAUUUGGCACCGUCCGAGGCGAAGGCAGUCAAGAUCGAUCUCUCAUCUGAACGGCGAGAGGAGAUGGUACACCUCGUGGCAUCUGCUUUGGCUAAACGGAAUCAUCUUGGAGCUGCUCAAGCAAUGCUUCGACGAAAAUUACAAGGGAAAACGCCACUCGUCUUCGCUGACGGUCAGUCUGACGUCUUUGCCGGGUCCAUCGACUCGCUCUGCCUCAUGGCACAAGAGUCCAUGUCUCAUCAGCAGUAUCCGCUCGCCAUGAAGCACGUUGUUUCAGCCUUGCGCUUCUUCUUUCACACCGACUGGCACCAGGCCGCAGGUGCCCACAAAGUCGUCUCUCUUCUCCCCAGAGUCUUGCAAGAGUUGCACGCUCAAUCGCCCGAGCUGCUGCCCGAAGAAAGAUGGACGGUUCUUAUUCGUCAAGUUUCUACGAAUAUCUUGACGAUCGAUCCCACUCUCGCCGCCUUUGCUCCUCCGCCCAAGCUUGUCGCCUCUACUCGAGGAAGGAAAUCGUCGCAUCAGAAUUCGGCCAUCACAUUGGUCCGCUUGCACCUCGAACUCAAAGACUACGCCUUUGCGAAGCGCUUCUUUCUCAUCGCAGACGAGCUGCAGGCGACUUCAGAGCCGUUCUUGACUUUCAAGCAGCUUCUUUACCUCUUUGAGAAUUCCCUCGAGGAAGAGCAAGCGGACUCCGGUUUCACGAUGCUUCUGCACGCGUACAUCAUCACAGACCCGCAUUGGUCCACCUUUGCGAUUCCGAACGAGCUCAUCAACCGCUUUGUCUAUCGCCUCGUUACCCAUGGCAAACGACCCGAAUUUGCGCGACUGCUCCGCGACACGCUACUUUCGCGAUCCAACGCUUCCUCGUACAAGACUGGCCGGAUCAUGCCGACGGACGCGUCCAGGUUCGUCGAGACAUUUGCGCGCGCAUGUUCUGCGGGCGGAGGCGUCCUUCUCGUGGACGAGCUUCUGGACUUUGUCGAAGAAGUUCAUGAUCUACUGGCAAUAGACGAGCAGCACACGGCCACAGUCACUCUGUUUUCGAGAGCCAUGCAGCUCGCCACGCAGUCGGCGCUUGGCUGGGGACCUUCGAGGCGCGCAAAGGUGCUAUCGCUUUUCGACAGGCUUCGGUGGGCGCUACAAGAGCAAAGCAGCAAAGCUCGCCAGGGUCAGAAGAUGACGCAGAGGAAGCAAGAGGCGCUGAGGUUUGCUUUUCAUGCCGCUUGCAAAGCUACGAUCAAUGCGCCCACCAAGGAGCUCUUGUACGACCUCGAGGACGACGUUGUCCUCGAUGAUGCUGGCGACGGUGAGGAAGCCUCACCGAUGUCAAAAGUUGUCGAGGCUAUCUUGUCGGAAAUGGAGACCAAGUGGAGCGUCGGCAUCAACGCUGAAUCGUACGGGCUCACCAUCUUGUCGCAUCUCCUCGACGAUGGACGAGGGGUUGUCACUUUGGAAGGCGACAGCUACCUCGAUCGUGCACUGCAACUGGCCGCCCAAGCGAUUCGUCGCGCCUCCAGGAACACCGGCCCCAGAGCAGCGUCAGACCCAAGCGACGCCGAUGUCGGGUCCAAGUCGUGGGCCCGCAAAAAUGUCUUGUCGGUCCAUACAGUGGCCCGUCUGAUUCUUCAUCUCGCCAGGGCUGGUCGGUACGAGGAUUCACACUACAUUCUCAAUCUCUACACCACCAAGACGCCAUUCCUGAAGAGGGAAAGACUCAUCAGGUUGGCAGGGAUCGCGACGCUGGCAAGAGAGGGGAAGCUGUCGCAAAUGAAGCAGGAGAUCGAGUGGAUGGAGAGGAGCGCAGGACAGACGGGGAAUGGGGUCAUUGAUGACCGUUGGAAGAUGAUGUUCUUUCGAUGGGCGAAGGAGGGGGAGGAGGAGAGGAAAUUCGUUCGGCAGCAGCAGGCAGAGGGCAAAGACGAACGAGAGGACGAGGGACAAGAGGACGAAGAGCAAGAAGAGGACAAAGAACGGGCAAGAGCAUUUGCAGCUUUGGCACGGGGUCAGGCUUGGAAGAGGAAAGAACCCGCUGAGACCCGUCCUCCUGCUCAUCAAAAGUAGUACAUUGCAAUGCCAUUUAGAUGUAGAUCAGC